ACGUGACCUCGCGGCCAUGUCGAAGGCUGCGCGGGCGGUGCGGGCCGCACGGGCGGGCGCCGGGGCCCGACCGGAGACGAGGCCGCUCCGGGCCCAGAUCCCUGCGGGGGGCGCGGCGCCGGGACCGCCGCUGGGGCCCCUCCUGGGGCAGCGCGGGGUCCCGAUCGGCGCCUUCUGCCAGGACUUCAACGAGCGCACCCGGGACAUCAAGCCCGGGGUCCCGCUGCGGGUCCGGCUGCGAGUGCACCCCGACCGGACCUACGACCUGAGCAUCGGGACCCCCCCAUCCUCCUACUUCCUCAAGGCUGUGGCCGGUGUUGAGAAGGGGGCAACGCGGCCCGGGCACGAGGAGGUGGGGGUGGUGUCCCUGAAGCACCUCUAUGAGGUGGCGCUGGUGAAGCAGCAGGACCCGGCCGUGGCGCUGACUGGAACCUCCCUGCCCCAGCUGGUGACGGCGCUGGUGGGCUCUGCCCGCAGCCUGGGCCUGCGCGUGGUGCCGCGGCUGACGGCUGAGGAAUGCGCUGAGUUCCAGCGGCAGCGGCGGGAGCAGGAGGCGGCUGCGGCCCAGGAGGAAGAGGAGGGAGCCAAGAAGUGACCCCCCCUGGCCCCUCCCCCUGACCUCUGACCCCCCAGG